CCUUUCUUCAGUUCUAGACUUUGAACUAUCAGGUUUUACAGGGAAUGAAGCUGUAGAAUACUACUUCUAUUUAUAUAUUGGGGAUCCAUACUCAGUCAGUGCAAAAUUGCCGUGACAAGCCAUCCAGGGUUUUGUGAAAGUGUCGAAUCACACCCGGAAUCAAUAAUGGACAUGAUUAUUUGCAAUAGAUUAAAGCUCAGUUUUGAUCUAAUGAAAAUAUUACUAGUGGAUCUAAACUUCUUACAGACAUUUUAAUUGUUUUUCCCAUUUGUAUUCACAGUCAUCUUUUUUCCUUUCAGCUUUACUCAUUGAAUGAUUAUAAACCUCCUAUUUCAAAGGCUAAGAUGACACAGAUUACCAAGGCAGCAAUCAAGGCCAUAAAGUUCUACAAACAUGUUGUACAGAGUGUUGAGAAAUUCAUUCAAAAGUGUAAACCAGAAUAUAAGGUGCCUGGCUUAUAUGUCAUUGAUUCUAUUGUACGGCAGUCUCGGCAUCAGUUUGGGCAAGAAAAGGAUGUCUUUGCUCCCAGGUUUAGCAAUAACAUCAUUAGCACUUUCCAGAAUUUAUAUCGUUGCCCUGGGGAUGAUAAGAGUAAAAUUGUUAGAGUUCUCAAUUUGUGGCAGAAGAAUAAUGUGUUCAAAAGUGAAAUUAUCCAGCCUCUAUUGGAUAUGGCAGCAGGAAUUCCUCCUCCAGUUGUGACUCCUGUUUUACCAGGGACAACUGCUACUUUGAGUAAUAAUACACCAGGAACUCCAGUGACUCCUGCUACACCAGCCAAUGUGAUCCAAAGUUUACCUGAUCCAUGGGUAUCUCAAAUAACUAAUACAGAUACUCUUGCUGCUGUAGCACAGAUCCUGCAGAGUCCACAAGGCCAGCAGCUUCAGCAAUUAAUACAGACAUUGCAGAUGCAACAACAGAAACCACAACCAUCAUUACUUCAAGCACUGGAUGCUGGUCUCGUUGUUCAGCUACAGGCUCUCACUGCUCAACUUACAGCUGCUGCUGCCGCCGCCAAUACACUCAAUCCACUAGAACAGAGUGUCUCUUUUAACAAGAAGCUGAUGGAUAGGUUUGGAGAUUUUGGAGAAGAAGCUGAUGUGAAUGAAGAGCCCAAAAAGGAAACUCCAACUUCUCAACUGCCCCUUGUAUCUGAAUCCGUGAACAACUCACUUUUUCAUCAGCUAGCUGAACAACUACAGCAACAAAACCUAGAACAUCUCCGCCAACAGCUUCUAGAUCAGCAGCCACCAAAGGUAAGCCCUGAGGAAACUCAAGAAGAAAAUUUUGGUUCUGAGCAUUCAGCAUCACCUUCACAAGACAGUAGUCACCAACAGUUUUUAGAAGUGGAAACAAAGCUUGACAAUUCAAUGGAUGUUCAACAACAGGACAUGGAUAUAGAUGAAGCCCAAGAGGUUGUAGAACAAGAAGUCUUCGAGCAAGAAGAAAAGAAACCAGCAGUUCUUUCAAGAUCACGAACACGCUCAAGAUCACGUUCAAGGUCACCAAGAAAAAGAAGGUCAAGAUCACGGUCUGGUUCUCGAAAGCGUAAACACAGGAAGCGUUCACGUUCUAGAUCAAGAGAAAGAAAGAGGAAGUCUUCGAGAUCAUACUCAAGUGAAAGAAGAGCUAGAGAAAGGGAAAAAGAACGACAGAAAAAAGGGUUACCUCCUAUACGAUCAAAAACACUAAGUGUCUGCAGUACCACGCUUUGGGUUGGUCAAGUGGACAAGAAGGCCACUCAGCAAGAUUUAACCAAUUUAUUUGAAGAAUUUGGACAAAUAGAAUCCAUAAACAUGAUCCCUCCCAGAGGUUGUGCUUAUGUCUGUAUGGUGCAUAGGCAAGAUGCUUAUCGUGCUCUUCAGAAAUUAAGCUCUGGAUCCUAUAAAAUUGGAUCUAAAAUUAUUAAGAUUGCAUGGGCUUUAAACAAAGGGGUGAAAACUGAAUACAAACAGUUUUGGGAUGUGGAUCUUGGAGUAUCAUAUAUACCCUGGGAAAAAGUUAAACUGGAUGAUUUAGAUGGCUUUGCAGAAGGAGGAAUGAUUGACCAAGAAACAGUAAAUAGUGAAUGGGAAACUACAAGGAGUUCGGAGACUGUAAAAGAGAGUGUGCAGAUAACCCAGAGUGCAACAGUUGACAAAACUGCAGCUGUCACAACACAGACAGAAACUUACACGCAGUCUGUCACUAUGUUACAGAUUCCUGUAGCGCCCACUGUGCCGACUGUUAGUUUAGUUCCACCAGCAUUUCCUGUUACAAUGUCUGUCCCUCCACCUGGUUAUGGUGCAAUUCCUCCACCUCCAUUCUUGAGAGCAAGCUUUAAUCCUUCGCAACCACCUCCUGGUUUCAUGCCUCCACCUGUUCCACCACCUGUUCCACCACCAGUAGUCCCAACAUCUCUUGUACAGCCUUCACUACCUAUUGCUCAGGAGUCAGUGAAAGAUUUUAGCAGCCUUGUUCUACCAGUUGGUACUGUUUCUAGUAAUCUUACCACACCAACAUUAUCUGCCGGAAAUGUCUUUCCUCCUCUUUCAAAUAACAAUUCAGAAUUAGAUGAAAAAGGAUCUCUUCAUGCUGAUCUUCAGAUCUCAUCUAGUGAACACAGAACUGUUCAAGAUGACGUUUCAAGCAGUUCUGGACUUACCGAGGGAGUACAGCCACCUGGUGUCUCAACCAGUUCUGGGCUUGUAGGGGGAAUUCAGCCACCCCAUGUCUCAAGUAGUACUGGGCUUGUACAGCCAGUCAGUGUCUCAAGCAGCUCUGGACUUCUGACAAGAGUUCAACCACCUACUGCUUCAAAUAGCUCUGGUCUUAUAACAGGUGUUCAGGCUCCAAGUGUCUCAAGUAGCUCUGGGCUUUUGACAGGACUACAGCCCAUAAAUGUUUCAAGCAGCUCCAGCAUUUUAAUGGGAAUCCAGCCACCCAUAGUGUCAAAUAAUACUGGACUUUUGUCAGGAAUCCAGCCACCCAUUGUAUCAAGCAAUUCUGGAAUUUUAGGAUUGCCACCACCAAUAGUUUCAAGUAGUUCUGGACUAUUAGGAUUGCCACCACCAAAUAUUUCAGGUGGUUCUGGACUAUUAGGACUACAACCACCCACUGGAAUUCAAAAUUUACCCCAUUUAACUAUUGCUAGUCAACGGUUGCCUGGAAUUCCUCUAGUAGAAAUCCGAUCAGGAUUAAUACCGCAGCCACCUGGUCCUAGGUUUCCACUGCUGCAACCUGGGAUGCCACCACAACGUACAGUUCCUCCUCCAACUAUCCUUGAUCCAUCCCUUCCUCCACCUAGAGUUCCUUUCCUUCCAGGAGAUCUUUUUACUCAAACAGACAGGCCAUUUGCAACUUCUGGUAGGCAAAAUAUGGAUAUAUCUAACCCAGAUAAAAGAUUGCCUAUUGGAGAUGAUAGCAUUCAACAAGAAGGAGAUAGAGACUAUCGCUUUCCUCCAGUAGAAAAUAGAGAUCGAGCAUCUUCAAUGGAUAUAAGGGAUUCUGUUGGAAGGCCACCACUAGAUCCAAGAGAGGGUCUAGGUCGACCUCCUGUAGAUGGAAGAGAACAUCUUGUCAGGCCACAUAUAGAUUUACGGGAGAACUUUGGAAGGCCAGGUAUUGAUAAUCUCAGUAGGAGAGAGCAUUUUGCUUUCAACUCAGAAAAGCACUGGGGUCAAAGAGGAGAUUAUGAUGAAAGAGAACACCAGGCCUUUCCUGUAUAUGGUGGUCUCAAAGGGUUCCAGGAAGCUCGAGAGAGAUAUCGGCAAACAAACUACAGAUUUGAAACUCGAAGUGGUCCCACCUGGAACAGAGGACUUGAACAAGAUGCUCACAGAGACUUUGAUGACCGUCGUAGACCAUGGGAAAGACAAAGGGACAGGGAUGAUAGAGAUUUUAAUUUUGGUAGAGAAAUUAAUGGAAACCGAUUUGGGAGAGAGAGAACACAGAACAACUGGAUACCCCCUCCACAUCCAAGAGCAUUUGAAUAUUUUGAAGGUGGUGCUUCUCAACAAAAAGCUGAUAGUGUACCCCAAGUUAAUGGUGAAAACACAGAGACAGAGAAUCAGCCAUCUGCUGUGCAAGUACAGGAUGAAUUGGAACUUUAUGAAAAGUUGGCGACUUCAAAUGACACAAAAAAAGAGAAGAGUGACACAGAAGCUGAAUUAGAAACUGAACCAGUGGUAGAAAGCACAGAAACUGAGGGGACAUAAUCAUCACUCAGUAGGUAAAAAGAUACCUUUUGUAAAGUUGUCAUCUCUCUCUGUAAUAGAUGAAUGGCUGACUGGACCUUAGUAGUUCAUUUUUUUUUCUUCCAGGAUUAAGUUAAUCUAAUAUUCAUGUUCAUCUUUCACUUAAAUAGUUGUACAACUGACCUGUAUAGAAUAUUGUUCUUAAUUUGAACAUGGUAGGUAAAGUUUUUCUUUCUUUUCCUUUUUUUUUCCUGGCAAAAUGCAAACUUGCCCCACUUGCUUUUACUUCAGAAGGAUAAAUAACAGCUUGUCAAACAAAGAAAAAGACUUCCUAUGGAAGAACUUGAUUUUUUUUAGAUACUAUUAGGUUGGCCAUAGAAAUUGUUAUACUUGAAAACAGGCGCUGGUAUAUCUUGUCCAGAUUUCUAGGCUGCUGCAAAAUUUUAAAGCAUAGGCAGAACUGUGAUACUAUAUGUUCCCUCAGUUUGGCACAAGCAAACAGAAAAGGAGCAUAAAUAAUACAGAGAUGAUGUGUUUUUGAAAUUUAUGCAUUAUAGUCUCUGUUUCUCAAGUGUCCGUGAUUUGUCCUCCUCAUACUGCAAUGGGUUAAAAAAUAACAUACGUUUUAAUGUUUUUUUAGAUGCCAAUAAAGCAUUAUUUGUUUGAUAAGCAUUCUAGGUAUUGUAUUUUUUAUAUACAAUCUAUAACAUUCUGGAUGAAUUGUGCUUUAGCUAAUUGUUGCAUAAGGUUUAUAAUGCUCUUGUAAAACUAGUGCAACAAUUAUAGAUGCUACAAAAGCAUAUGCCUUUCUACUAAAAAUAAACCAUGAAUCACAUUAGUUUGUGUAUAACGUAUGUAUGUAAAUAUUUGUGUAAAACUGUAUGUAGAUACCACUGUUUCUGUGUGUGAUAGUGCAUGCGCACGCACUCACAGAAUAAUGUAGACAGUUAAAUAAAAUGAAAUGAAUUAGGUUAUGCAAUUUCAUAUUUAACCUUCUUUAGGUAGAAAGAAAAUUGUAGACGCUGAUGUGACAGGUUAAUCAAAUUAAUAUUUGCUCUUCUAAGUUCUUAUUACUUCAGAAGGUGGAAUCUGGCAUGCUCUGAAGGCUGAAGAGUAAGAUUUAAGGAUGCUUUUUAAGUGUGGCAAUAUAUGGUGCAAAAAAUGAAGCAAAUGUUUGAAUUGUCAUUUUUGUAAUGCUUCUGGUGUUUUGGGUAGAAAGUGAUACUAUAAAAAUACUUUGUGAUGAUUUGCUUGCCGUGAAUAUUCAGUUCAUAGUUGUUGCCUAAAACAUUGAGCCACUUUAAGAACAAAACACUCUUAUUUAUCUCAAAUCACUGACCACUUACAGGUUUAGGCUUGAAGAUUCUUUAGGCUGCAAUCGUAUAUGCAUAUAUCUUGGAUUAAGUUUCAUUGACACCAAUGGGACUUACUUCUGAGUAGACAUUCAUAGGAUUGUUUUGAUACUGAAAGGAAUUGGUUGCACAAAUAAUGAACACUACAUUGUUCGUUUGAUUUAACUGCUUCUCUUAAAUUUAUCUGGAUAUUAAUAUUGUUGCCAAGACCCCUAAAUAUUGAAUAUUGGCAUCUAGAAAUUUGGAGUUUUUUUUAACUCUGUGCUGGCUAGCUUCUGUAAUUUGAAAUGGCCUCAUAAAAAUAUUUCUGCCCAAACUAAAAAUAUGUUUUUAGGAUCUACUCUUUAACAAGUUCAUAGAAUGUAACCAUUUAUCCUUUAUUUUUUUUUUAAAAAGCCUUCAAAUUCUAAAGAAUAAUAAUAGUUGCAGAAUUUAUAUUGUGAUAAACUAAUAUUUUAUGUAG